GUCACAUAGCUUCAAUCACAGACGUGCUAAGGUCACGAGUUCACAAUGAGGUCAGACACUUAAGAGCAGGAUGAGGGAGUGGUGGAUUCAGGUUGGGCUCCUGACAGUGCCCCUCAUUGCUGUCUAUCUCCACAUCCCUCCACCCCACAUUUCUCCAACCCUUAAUUCCUGGAAAACUGCCGGGGCCUUUUUUACAUUCAAAGGAAACCACAUCUUUUACAGAGAUUCCUUGGGUGCAGUAGGAAGUUCUGAUGUGGUUAUACUUUUGCAUGGAUUCCCAACAUCAAGUUAUGACUGGUAUAAGAUAUGGGACAGACUGGAUCAGAGGUUCAGCAGAGUGAUUGCACUGGAUUUCCUAGGUUUUGGUUUCAGUGACAAACCUGAAAAAUUACCAGUGUUGUUUUUAUGUUGCAGAAUUGGUGCUGUUUUUGGUCCAUACACUCAGCCAACAGAUGGUGAAUUCUGGGAUAUGUGGACAGGGAUCCGUAUAAACGAUGGCCACCUUGUCAUGGACAGUAUUUUGCAGUACAUUAACCAGAGACUGAAGCACAGAGACCGAUGGGUUGGGGCCCUCACGACUACAACAGUACCUUUACAUCUGAUUUAUGGACCACUGGACCCAGUGAACCCUCAUCCUCAGUUUAUUACUAUGUACCAGUAAGUGCAAAUAUACACAUUUCACUGUAUUGAAAUGUUACUGUCAUCAAGUUAAAAUAUAGACAUGCUUACCUUAAAUUCACCCUUCACGCCCUUGCAGGCUAAAACUAAACAAGAAAUGAUUUUGCAUUACUUUGCCACCAUAUUAGGAUAUAUGGUGGAUUUAGUAGAUUGGGUCGCUUCCUAUUAAUAUUUAAAGUAAAAAUAUUCUUUGCCAAUUAUACCCACAAAGAAAAUCAUUGGUAAUGAUAGUUAAAGAUAGUAUCAUCUGUAUUAGAAUAUUUCCUGGACAAAAAAAAAUAUAUAUAUAUAUUACAUUUUACUAUUGAGGUUACUUCAAGUAACAGUGGGGUACAAACCAUAUUUUUUUUAAAUGGUCACAAACUAAAAUGCAUGUUGUACCAGUGUUACAUGGAGCGCCUCAAUUAGACACAUCCUGUGUCUUCCAGUUUAAAUUGUAACU